AUGCUCAAAAUGUCCCGGCACAUGUUUUUGUAUUCGGUGCUGCUCCUUCUCUGCGCGCUGUUGGUGUGCUGCGGCGGUACGGCUGUGUACGGUGAGGAGGGAAAUACGCCAAAGGAAGCGCAAACACCAGAGGCUGUUGAUUUUUUUGUGCCGUAUCGAACGAUUGUGGAAACAAGUGCUGGAAGUGGAACGAGGGUCUUCUUUGUCUCACCUUCUCUCGUCAGUGCUGGUGGAGUUUUGGUUGCGCUUGCCAAGACCCAGGCCAGAGCUCUAUCCUCCGAUAAAUAUCGUACUUCGAUCGUUUAUGCUGAUGUUGUGGCGGGGUACAUUGACACUGCGGAGAACUGGUCGUCUUUUGUUGCUGAGGUCAGCGCAAACGAAUGGAGGGCGCACAGCAUCUUUAACACGACGAUGCGUGAGGAGUAUAUGUCCUAUGCAAUAUACGCGGUCCGACCCACAACAACUGCAAAGGGCAACAAGGUCUUUCUACUGGUGGGAGACUCUUAUGAGAAGUAUGAUCCUUCGUUGAAGAAGUGGAUUAAAGUCUCACAGGGUCUUGAUUUGCUCGUGGGUGAGGCCACGCAAGAGAAAGUCAUCCAAUGGGGCAAACCCACCUCGCUUUUGCCACAGAUCGAACCAUCUGCUAAACAACGUGGCGUGGACCAGUUUGUUGGUGCUGGUGGUUCAGGCGUUGUGAUGGGGGAUGGCACGCUUGUGUUUCCUGUGACCGCGAGAAGGACAAAAGAGAAUGACACUGUGUCCAUGAUCAUUUAUUCGAAGGACGACGGCAAAAAUUGGGUGCUUUCACAUGGGAUGCUCCCCGUGGGGUGCACUGACCCCCUCAUCGUUGAGUGGGAGCAGGGGCAGCUUGUCAUGGUUGCCAAAUGCGAUUCGCUCUCCAAGGUGUUCGAGUCGAGGGACAUGGGGGCAACGUGGAGGGAGGCUGUCAGGACACUCACACGCGUGCAGCCCAUGUUGUUACCAAACUCUUUGCGAACAGCUGAGAGAGUGGGGUCCCUCACCACUGCGACCAUUGCUGCAAAGAAGGUCAUGCUGUACACUCAGAAAGGGAUUCCCCCUGGGGCCAAGGUGCAAGCCACCGCGCUCUACCUUUGGGUCACUGACGACAGCCGCACGUUUUACCUCGGGCCCAUUUCCAUGGACACUACAGAGAAGUGGACGUCUGACAACGCUCUGCUGCACUCUAACGAUGCGUUGCACCUUUUACAGGAGGAACUCAGUGAAACGACCACAGCCCUGAUUUUUUCCUCCCUAACGGAGGAGCUGAAGACGAUUACGUCCGUCUUGGAGACUUGGGCAAAACUGGACUCCUUCCUCUCCAACUCCUCUGUGCCCACGACCGGUCUGGUUGGAUUCUUGUCGGAUGCAUCGGGUGAAGGAACUUGGAACGACGCGUACCGUUGCGUGAAUGCAACUGUGACGAAUGCAACGAAGGUCGAAAAUGGCUUUAAGUUCACGGAGUAUGGGUCAUACGCUGUGUGGCCGGUGAACAUGUGGACGCAUCAUUAUGUGCACGGCUUUGUGAAUCACGCGUUUACGCUUGUGGCAAUGGUGAUGAUUCAUAAGGUUCCGAACGAGAUCGUUAUUCUGUGCGUGCGGGCCUGGAGGACCGCAAAAAUACGGCGUUUGUGGGGUUGUCGUACACAACGAAGAAACAGUGGGGGACAGUCCUCAACGGCAUGA